CUCACCCUUACCCUCACCCUUAUACUACUCACCCUCACCCUCACCCUUACCCUCACUCUCACCCUUACCCUUAUACUACUCACCCUCACCCUCACCCUUACCCUCACUCUCACCCUUACCCUUAUACUACUCACCCUCACCCUUACCCUCACUCUCACCCUCACUCUCAUCCUUACCCUCACUCUCACUCUCAUCCUUACCCUCACUCUCACCCUUACCCUUAUACUACUCACCCUCACCCUUACCCUCACUCUCACCCUCACUCUCAUCCUUACCCUCACUCUCACUCUCAUCCUUACCCUCACUCUCACCCUUACCCUUAUACUACUCACCCUCACCCUCACCCUUAUCUUCCCCCUCUAUUCUACCGACUCGAUCUUCUCUAUUACCCUCGACCUUAUCCGUAUUAUCUACUCCCCUUAUCCAUCAUUUUAUAUUCCCUACCUUAUUCGUAACACAAAUCUUGCUUAUAUUCCUUCUUACCUACCAAUCUUAUCCCAAUUUGAAUCACCGAUAUAA